GUGAUGUAUCUUGAGCACAGUUUCAACAUUCGUCGUGUGAAGGUAGCGCUACGUUUCCCUCUUAAAGUGAGUCCGUAGCCAAGGGCGUGGGCUGAGACGAACAGAGUGCCCUUGUACCCGCUCCAGCCUCCUUGUUUUUACCGGGCCGACCGGCGACCCGCACGGGCUCGGCAACAUGAGUGACAUGAGUCGACUAACGGGAAAGAUUGGAGACGCAACUUUGAUAGAGAUGAGCCCGGAUUCUCUCUGUGAUGAGGACAACAACGGCUGCCACCACCAUCACCAUGACAUCGACCUUGACGAGUAUCCACACUCCCAGCCUGACCCUUCAGAGGUUGACAAGCAUCAGCAGAGUAAAGACUCUGUGUUCUUCCGGGAUGGAAAGAGGAGGAUUGACUUCGUCCUGUCCUAUGUGGAUGACCGAGACGGAGAGAGGAAACAGGAGAGGCGGAGGGAGUAUGAGGCUAACCUACAGAAAGCAGGGCUGGAGCUGGAGACAGAGGAUAAAUCGGUGUCAGAUGACAGGAAGACAUACUUUGUGAAGAUCCACGCUCCAUGGGAGGUUCUGGCCACCUACGCCGAUGUCCUCAAGAUCAAGGUUCCCUUCAAGGAAAACGACAUCCCCGUUCCCCAGGACAUUCCCAUGGACUGGCUGUUCACUCCUUUCCGUCUACCGGACCACAUUAUGAAUCCUGAACCAGACUAUUUCACCUCACCUUUCAACAAGGGAAAGAUUGACUUCUUCCUCAUCGAUGACAAGGAGACAUUCUUCCCUCCUUCCGUCCGCAACAGGAUAGUGUACUACAUCUUAGCCCGUUGUCCUUACCACAAGACGGACAGAGAGGACAAGAAGGGCAUCAAGCGCCUGCUCAACAACGGCACCUAUGGGUCUGCCUUCCCACUACAUGAUUCUCGAUACUGGAAACCAUCCAGGGACUCCAACAGUGAGAGUGAGAGAUUCAACCUCUACAAACACUGGGCCCAGUUUUUCAGUUUCUUCAAAGAGCAGCCCCUCAACUUGAUACGGAAGUAUUACGGGGAGAAGAUUGGGAUCUACUUUGCCUGGCUGGGUUUCUACACUGAGAUGCUGUUCUUCGCUGCGGUAGUCGGCCUGAUCUGUUUUCUCUAUGGAUUGUUCACCUUCGAUGACAACGUCUGGAGUAAAGAAAUCUGUAGUGAGGAGAUUGGAGGCAACAUCAUCAUGUGUCCACUGUGUGAUAAGAAAUGUGGCUACUGGAAACUCAACUCGACGUGUAAUUCCUCCUGGCAAUCACAUAUGUUUGACAACGUGGGGACGGUGUUCUUUGCCAUAUUCAUGGGGAUUUGGGUGACUCUGUUCCUGGAGUUCUGGAAGCGUCGGCAGGCCCGGCUGGAGUACGAGUGGGACCUGGUGGACUUUGAGGAAGAGCAGCAACAGCUUCAGCUUCGACCAGAAUACGAGACCAAGUGUACCUCCCGCAGACUAAACCGCGUCACACAGGAGAUGGAGCCAUACUUACCCGUAACAUCCCAGUGUGCUCGUACAUUCCUGUCUGGAGCUACCGUCAUAUUCUGGAUCUCCCUGAUCAUAGCGUGUAUCAUCGGGGUGAUAGCCUACCGUUUGGCGGUGUACGCUGCGUUCGCCAGCAUCAUGAAGGACAGCCCCACCAAUAACAUCCACAUGGUGGGCUCCCUCAUCACCCCGCAGCUCGCCACCUCCGUCACCGCUUCCUGCAUCAACUUCGUCAUCAUCAUGAUCCUCAAUCUGAUGUAUGAGAGAGUGGCCAUCUGGAUCACUGACAUGGAGAUCCCCAAGACUCACCUGGAGUACGAGAACAAGCUGACUGUGAAGAUGUUUCUGUUCCAGUUCGUCAACUACUACUCUUCCUGUUUCUACGUGGCCUUCUUCAAGGGGAAGUUCGUCGGCCAUCCCGGAGACUACAUCUACAUGUUCGGCUGGAGCAAGCUGAGGAACGAGGAGUGUGACCCAGGUGGCUGUCUGAUUGAGCUGACCACUCAGCUGGUCAUAGUGAUGUCAGGGAAACAGGUGUGGGGUAACGUCCAGGAGGCUCUGGUUCCGUGGGUAAUGAACCGAUGGGGGAGCCGUAAAGCCCGCAGCCACCCAGAGAGUCGCUACAGUCGCUGGGAGCAGGACCACGACCUGCAGAACUUUGGACAUCUGGGACUCUUCUAUGAGUACCUGGAGAUGGUGAUCCAGUUUGGUUUCAUCACUCUGUUCGUGGCCUCCUUCCCUCUGGCCCCCCUGCUGGCGCUGUUGAACAACAUCAUAGAAGUCAGAGUGGACGCCUGGAAGUUCACCACCCAGUUCCGCCGGCCCGUAGCAUCUAAGGCCCACAGCAUCGGUGCCUGGCAGGAAAUACUCAACGGGGUGGCCGUCCUGUCUGUCGUCACCAACGCGUUCAUCGUAGCCUUCACAUCAGACAUGAUUCCCCGGCUGGUAUACAUGUAUGCCUACAGCAACGAUCUCUCUAUGAAGGGCUACAUCAACAAUAGCCUGUCAGUGUUCAACAUCUCUGGGUUCUCUGAGGACAACCGGCCUGAUGACGGAGAGAGCCCUGGAUGGUUCAACAGCUCUGUCAUCACCACCUGCAGGUACCGUGACUACCGCUACCCAUCGGGCCAUGAGAAGGAGUACUCUCACACCAUGCAGUUCUGGCACAUCCUGGCUGCCAAACUGGCCUUCAUCAUUAUCAUGGAGCAUGUGGCGUUUAUGGUGAAGUUCUUCGUGGCGUGGAUGAUUCCUGACGUUCCCUCCGAGGUGAAGGCCAGGAUUAAACGAGAACGCUACCUCAUCCAGGAGUACCUGCACAACUACGAGGUGGAGAAGCUGAAGAUCCAGCUGAGCCAGAGGAGCGAUGACUGCUGCUGCACCCCUAUGAUCUACCCCGACAUAUCCCGGCACGUGGUGCUGUCCGAGUGUCUCUAGCACCCGUCCUCGCCCUCCGCCCACUCAUUUGAUUUUGGCUCGUGUUCAUUAGGUCACACCACGGAAAACGUUUUAAAAUGUUUUUCAACAGGAAAUUUAAAUUAGGUUUUUUUUUCUUCUUUUUUUUCAUUGGACAAAUCCAGGUAGUUACUCCCUGUUUGAAUCUGUUUUGUUCCGUUUGGUGCCUGAUGAACAGGACCCUGGUUCAGGUUGGGCUGGGGCCUGGGCUGGUCUUAAGGAGAUUCUCUAUAAAACUACCCUGAGAGGUGGGCGAUCUGUAAUACAAAGGACUCCGUCUGGUGGAGUGGAGAGCAAUCCUCACAGAAAUACAGUACCUAAUACAAUCCAUCAUCAUCAUCAUCAUCAUCAUCAUCAUCAUCAUCAUCAAAUACAAGAAGAUACUACAUUCAAGUAUGUCUUCAGGUCCGUCCAUGUAUGGUCUAUAGAUUUCAGAUCUUCUCUUCAAUCAACCACCCGCCAACCACUACAUCUACUCUUAACAGCAUGGGGGAAGCAGGGAAACAUGGCUGCUGCUAGUUAUUAUACUCUUACCGUACGUUCAUUUUAUAUUUUAAAUGUCUCUCUCUUUCUCUUUCUCUCUCUCUCUCUGUUCACUGUCUAUUUUAGUGAUUUUACUCUGAAAAAGUGGUUAUACUCUGCUGGUCAUUCACAAAAUCACUACACACUGUGUUAAUGACUAGCGCUUAGCCCACUACACACUGUGUUAAUGACUAGCGCUUAGCCCACUACACACUGUGUUAAUGACUAGCGUUUAGCCCACUACACACUGUGUUAAUGACUAGCGCUUAGCCCGCUACACACUGUGUUAAUGACUAGCGCUUAGCCCGCUACACACUGUGUUAAUGACUAGCGCUUAGCCCACUACACACUACCCUGUUUAUGUUGAUAAGUUAUGUUAUGUUAAUAAGUGCCACUAUUAUAAGCAACCAAAGACAAAAAUGCCUUAAUAUUUUACAAAUUAAUUGUUAACUGAGUAAAGAGGCUAUAGUUUGUUAAAUUUCCCUUUAUGGAAAAAGAUUGCAGUCAUACAGUCAUACUCUGACUGCAAUCUCCUUUUGUGUAAAGGUUGUCUUUUUUUGUAGUUUUUUGUUAUUUUUAUCUUUUGUGUAUGUUAAAUCUUUCUUUUAAAAAAUGUUCAUAAUUCAACAAAUAUGCAAUAAAGCCUAUAUUAAGGAUCGA